AUGAACAGGAUGCCACCGAGAAAACCUAGCGUUGUUGGAUUUUCAUUCAAUGGUGCAGAACAUCGUGAGAAGUUCAUUGGCGACUACCACUACCAGACACCACGUCGUGAGAAAGUGGAACCCAAUGUACUGAAUGCUCGCUUCAAAUGGAUGCUUGAAUUGUUCACGAAAAAUCGCGGUGUAUGGCCGGAAAAUGUGCUCAUCACAAGGGAUGGUGUGUCGGAAGGCCAAUAUAGAAUGGUGGUUGACGAAGAGCUGUUUGCGAUCAAGCAGGCAUGCGAAGAGUUUGGAAAUCUCCACGGUCGCGAAUCAUGGAUGCCACGAUUCACCGUGAUUGUGGCUACCAAACGUCAUAAUGCCCGUUUCUUCGUGGAAAAACAGGGUAAGUUGGCCACGAGAUUAUUUCGGACACAGGUCUAA